AGAAAAGAAGUGACAGAACUUCUACGAUAAGUCCAAAACCGCAUGACUAACUGCAGUGUAUUGCAUGCUAUCUGAUGUGUAUCAGAUGAAAGCUAGUUUUAUCUGAAAAACUUAUCUAUUGAUUGCAGUCUUAUGCUCUCUGGAUACAAAAAAAGUAAUUCUUUAGCUGUUUUCACACCCAAACUCAUCGAUUUAUUAUAAUGCAGGACCCCAACGAAGACACCGAGUGGAAUGACAUCCUACGGGCCAAAGGAAUCCUUCCUCCGAAAAAGGAGAAAGAAAUCACCGAAGAUGAUAUCAUCGGUAUGAUUGAAAAUACUAUCGAAGAGAAACAGAACCAUGACAAGGAUCUAGCCAAACUGGGGUUGGACGAAUUGGACGAAUUGGAGGACUCGGAAGAUGAAGCUGUCUUGCAGGAGUACCGCCAAAAGCGGAUAGCUGAGUUGAAACAGCUAGCCAGUCGGGCGAGAUUUGGAAACGUACUGGAAAUCUCCGGCCAGGAUUACGUUGAUGAAGUCACCAAAGCUGGCGAAGGAAUAUACGUUGUGCUUCACUUGUACAGCCGUGGUGUCCCAUUCUGCUCGCUAUUGAACCAACACAUGACCCAACUGGCGAUCAAGUUUCCGGCCACCAAAUUUAUCCGAGCCAUCGCAACCACCUGUAUUCCAAACUAUCCGGAACGCAAUUUACCGACUAUCUUCGUUUACUACGAGGGUCAGAUGCAAAAGCAACUUAUUGGGUCGAUUGAGCUGGGCGGACCGAAUUUAACGUGUGAAGAACUGGAGUAUAUACUUGGGCAGACGAAAGCUAUCGAAACCAACAUUACGGAAGAUCCGCGAAAGGCUAGAGCCGUGAAGGAUAAAAUGUUUGCCGAUCUUGCUGACAGUAACGAUUGGUAAAGCAUCAUUAUUUUGAUUCAACGUCUAAUGAUGUUGAAUGAACCAUCAGAUACAUUUAAUCUAUUUAUUAAAGUAAUUUUCCACUUA